GUCUGCCAUGACUUUGGAAGCCUUGGCAGAGUUGUCAUAGAUUUUUCUUAAUUACCUUGUAUAAGCGAAGUUCUGUGUGGACAAGGUGCCUUACUACUUUAAUUAGCAGCUAUCCUUGUGAAACAGAAAAUUAUUGAGAUUGUUCUUCUGCGAAACAUUUUUACGUAGAGAUGUUGCAACUGGGUUUGUUUUUCUUAUUCAUCUUUAGUUUGCUUCCGUUACAGUAUGGCGUGGAAGUACAUAAAAUAACUCAUUCACAUCCAUUAGCAGUGGGACAAACUCUCAUCUCUCCUGGUCUAAUAUUCGAAUUAGGCUUCUUCAGUCCAAACAAUUCUGCUAAUAAGUAUGUGGGGUUGUGGCACAGAAGUAUAUUUCCUCGUAAAUAUGUAUGGGUGGCUAAUAGAGCAAGUCCUCUUGCAGCUACAGACACCUUGGCUACUUUGGUAUUUAGCAGCAAUGGGAAUCUGGAGCUCGUAGAUGGCAAACAGAAUUAUGUCUGGUCAGCCAAUAUCUCUAAUUGUUCAUCCGCCGUUCUCUUAGAUGAAGGAAACUUUGUUGUCAAAAAUGUUACAGGAGCUGUUAUGUGGGAGAGUUUUAAUAAUCCUAGUGACACACUACUUCCUAACAUGUUGUUGGGAUAUGAUAGAAGUUCUGGUAAACAGAAUUUCUUGACAUCUUGGAAAAGUAAAAUUGAUCCAUCACCGGGGAUAUUCUUGGGAGGACUGUCAGAAGAUUUGCCAGCGCAGGUGUUCGUUUGGAUUAAUGGAUCUACUCCCCGCUGGAGAGGUGGCCCAUGGGAUGAAUCAAAGUUUAUUGGUAUACCUUGGAUGAAUUCUCAGUAUCAAAGUCCAGGUCGUCUGGUUGAUAACGAGACACAAGGAUCAAGGUAUUUCUCCUACAGUUUUGAUAGAUUUCCAGGUGACAAUGUCCUUGGAUAUAUUGACAUAUCUUCAGAAGGAAUAAUGACACCUUUUCUUUCAGAAAGUGGCAAGACGUACUGGUCUCUUGACGAGGACGCAUCGGAAAACCCAUGUGACAUUUAUGGUUCUUGUGGAUCGUUUGGGGUUUGCAGAGCUUCUGAAUCUCCAAUCUGCAAGUGUUUGAAAGGGUUUAAACCCAAAUCAAAUGAGGAAUGGAGAAAAAGAAACUGGACCCAAGGUUGUGUGAGACGAACAAACUUGUCUUGUGAGACGCACACAAAUAGAUCAGAUGGUUUUUUUAUGAUGGAAAGAUUGAAAGUACCUGAUUUUCAUGAAUAUCUGAAUUCUGUGGCGGUGGACAAGAUUGAGGACUGCAAAAUAGAGUGCCUUGACAAUUGUUCUUGCCUGGCUUAUUCUUAUGUUAAUAACAUAGGGUGUUUGGUCUGGUUCAAAGACCUUAUUGAUAUUCAGCAGUUUUCAUCUUUUGGAGAAGAUCUUUAUGUCCGCCUAGCAGACUCAGAACUAGGUGAAGGAAAUCCAAUUAAACUCAUUGCCAGCCUUACAGCUAUUGGAUUUAUGAUCAUCUUGGUGGGUGUAGUCUUCAGUUUGCACAGAUGGCGAGCUAACCAAAAGCGGUCAUUCACAACAUCAGGAUACAUGAAAUCAACAACACAGCACUUGGAACAGAGAGAUGGCCUUCGAGAAUAUAUAGGAAAACAUGAUUUUGCAGAGCUAAAGAUAUAUGAUUUUCAUAGCCUAUUAAUUGCCACAGACAACUUCAGCAUCACAAACAAACUCGGGCAAGGAGGCUUUGGCCCAGUUUACAAGGGGAUGCUACCCGAAGGGAAGGAAAUAGCAGUAAAGAGACUAUCUAGUGGCUCAGGACAAGGUGUCGAAGAGUUCAAGAAUGAGAUGUUGUUGAUCUCCAAUCUCCAACACAAAAACCUUGUUCGGAUGAUGGGUUGCUGUGUUAAAGAGGAUGAGAAGUUAUUAAUUUACGAAUUCUUGCCAAACAAAAGCUUGGACACUUUUCUAUUCGAUCCGAUGAAGAGAGCAGUGCUUGAUUGGGCUACACGCUUUAAUAUUAUUCAUGGUAUUGUUAGCGGGCUUCUCUAUCUCCAUCGUGACUCUCAUGUGAAGGUGAUACAUAGAGAUUUAAAAGUAAGUAACAUUCUCUUGGAUGAGAAAAUGAGUCCUAAAAUUUCAGAUUUUGGAUUGGCACGCAUAGUUCAAGAAAAACAAAGUUCGGAAAAUACUCAGAAAGUUGUUGGAACACGUGGCUAUAUGUCUCCGGAGUAUGCCAUGGGUGGGAUAUUUUCUGAGAAGUCUGAUGUCUACAGCUUUGGAGUUUUAGUACUGGAGAUUGUUAGCGGGAAGAAGAAUACUAGCUUCUGUUUACAUAACACACAACAAGGCUUUCUAGCCUAUGCAUGGAACUUGUGGAAUGAAGGCAGGACACUGGAACUAGUAGAUGAAGUAUUAUGUGAUCUAUAUUCCUCAUCAGAAGUAAUGACAUGCGUGCAUGUUGGGCUUCUUUGUGUACAAGACAAUGCUGCGGAUAGACCAACCAUGGUGGACGUAGCUUCAAUUCUAAGUAGCGAGAAAGAUGAUCCACAACCUAAGCGGCCUGUAUUCACUAUCCAAAACUCAGCUUAUCAUCCUCAACCACACUCUGAGAAUACUAAUUCCUCCAAAAACGAAGCUAGCAUUACUAUGAUUGAAGGACUGCAAAGUUUCAAUCUUUUACAUCAAGUUCUACUGGGUUUUAUUCCAGCUAUCUGUCAUGAUGUUGAUGGUGGGUUUAUGUAUGGCGUGGAAGUAUAUAACAUAACUCCUUCACACCCAUUAGCAGAGGGACAAACUGUAGUCUCUCCUGGCCUAAUAUUCGAAUUAGGCUUCUUCAGUCCAAACAAUUCUGCUAAUAAGUAUGUGGGGUUGUGGCACAAAAGUUUAUUUCCUCGUAAAUAUGUAUGGGUGGCUAAUAGAGUAAGUCCUCUUGCAGCUACAAACACUUUGGCUACUUUGGGAUUUGGCAGCAAUGGGAACUUGGAGCUUGUAGAUGGCAAGCAGAGUUAUGUCUGGUCAGCUAAUAUCUCUAAUUGUUCAUCUGCAGUUCUCUUAGAUAAUGGAAACUUUGUUGUCAAAAAUGUCAUGGGAGAUGUUAUGUGGGAGAGUUUUAAUAAUCCUAGUGACUCACUACUUGCUGGUAUGUUGUUGGGAUAUGAUAGAAGUUCUGGUACACAAAAUUUCUUGUCAUCUUGGAGAAGUGAAAAUGAUCCAUCACCGGGGAUAUCCUUGUUCGGACUGUCAGCAGAGUUGUCGGCGCAAUUGUUCAUUCGAAUUAAUGGAUCUACUCCCCACUGGAGAAGUGGGCCAUGGGAUAAAUCAAAGUUUAUUGGUAUACCCACCAAGAAUUCUCAAUAUCAAAAUCCAGCUAGUCUGGUUGAUAAUGAGACACAGGGAACAAGGUAUUACUCCUUUAGUUUUGAUAGUUUUCCAGGUUUCAUUGGAUAUGUAGACAUAUCUUCAGAAGGAAUAGCGAGAACUUUUGUUUCAGAAAGUGGCAAGAACUGGUAUCUUGGAUGGGACUCAUUGUUAAACCCUUGUGACGUUUAUGGCGCAUGUGGACCGUUUGGAGUUUGCAAAGCUUCUGAAUCUCCACUCUGCAAGUGUUUGAAAGGGUUUAGACCCAAGUCAAAUGAGGAAUGGAGAAAAGGAAACUGGACCCAAGGUUGUGUGAGACGAACAAACUUGUCUUGUGAGACGCCUCCUAAUGUAUCAGUCUCAACAAAAGGAAAGGAUGGGUUUUUUAAGAUGGAAAGAUUAAAAGUACCCGAUUUUCAUGAAUACGUCAGUUCUGUAUCUGUAGACAUGUUUGAGGACUGCAAGAUAAAGUGCCUGAACAAUUGUUCUUGCCUUGCGUUUUCUUAUGUUAACAACAUCGGGUGUUUGGUCUGGUACAAGGACCUUAUUGAUAUUCAACAGUUUCCAUCUCUUGGAGAAGAUCUUUAUGUCCGCCUGGCAGAGUCAGAACUAGGUAAAGAAAAGCCAAUAAAGUUAAUUGGCAGCCUUACAGCUAUUGGAUUUAUGAUCAUCUUGGUGGCUGUAGUCUUCAGUUUGCACAGAUGGCGGGCUAACCAAAAGCGAUACAUCAAAUCAACAGCACAACGCUUGGAACAUAGAGUCGAUCUUCGAGAAUAUAUAGGAAAACAUGAUUUUGCAGAGCUAAAGAUAUAUGAUUUUCAUAGCAUAUUAAUCGCCACAGACAACUUCAGCAUCACAAACAAACUCGGGCAAGGAGGCUUUGGCCCAGUUUACAAGGGGAUGCUACCCGAAGGGAAGGAAAUAGCAGUAAAGAGACUAUCUAGUAGUUCAGGACAAGGUGUCGAAGAGUUCAAGAAUGAGAUGUUGUUGAUCUCCAAUCUCCAACACAAAAACCUUGUAAGGAUGAUGGGUUGCUGUGUUAAAGAGGAUGAGAAGUUAUUGAUUUACGAAUUCUUGCCAAACAAAAGCUUGGACACUUUUCUAUUCGAUCCUCUGAAGAGAACAGUGCUUGAUUGGACAACGCUGUUUAAUAUUAUUCAGGGUGUUGCUAGAGGGCUUCUUUAUCUCCAUCAUGAUUCCUAUGUGAAGGUGAUACAUAGAGAUUUAAAAGUAAGUAACAUUCUCUUGGAUGAAAAUAUGAACCCAAAAAUUUCAGAUUUUGGAUUGGCACGUAUGGUUGAAGAAAAACAAAGUCUAGAAAAUACUCAGAAGGUUGUUGGAACACGUGGCUAUAUGUCUCCGGAGUAUGCCAUGAAUGAAAUCUUCUCGGAAAAAUCUGAUGUCUACAGCUUCGGUGUCUUGGUACUGGAGAUUAUAAGCGGCAUAAAGAACACCAGCUUUUAUUUAUAUGACCAACAUCUAAGCUUCCUUGCUUAUGCAUGGAAGCUUUGGAAUGAAGGCCGGGGACUGGAGUUGGUGUCGGAUGUCGUAUUGAGUAAUUCAUAUUCUUCGAAUGAAGUACUGAAAUGCAUGCAGAUUGGUCUUUUGUGUGUGCAAGACAGUGCUACAGAUCGGCCUACCAUGGCGGAUGUUGCUUCUUUGCUGAGUAGUGACAUAAGUGGUCCGCAGCCGGUGAGGCCUGUAUUCACCAUCCAAAACUCAGUUCCUCAGUCACAACCUAAGUUUGAAAAUACUAGUUCCUCCACAAAUGAAGCUACCAUUACAAUGAUUGAAGGACGAUAAGUGUUAGUAAACUGUUUGCUCUAGCAUGAUGCCUUUUAUGUCAAGAAAUUAUAUAUAUGUAUAUCAAUGUAUUCCCGCUUUACACUAGUUUCAGUAGUUUGACGUUUGAA